AUGACCGAAUUAAAGGUUGAUCCCAAUAGGCUGCAGGCCCAGGAGGAGGCAUGUUGUGGGGAGAGCACUUACCAGGAGCUGCUGGUCAACCUGAACCCCAUCACGCAGCCCCUGGUUUGCCGCCGCCUCGUGGGAAAGCUUUACAAGUACAUCAAGAAAGCCGUGAAGCAGAAGCAGAUUCUGCGCGGGUGAAGGAGUGCACAGUUUGUCAACAACGGUGAGAAAGGGAUCAUGACCUGGAUGCAGCUGCAGGUUCCAAGCGCCCCACCUGUGUGAUCAUGAUCAAGCCCCAAGAGGAAUAUUAGGAUCCUAUGACAAGGCCCUGCCCUCCUCUCACUGAAGGACUAAGCAACCUGGGUACUGCACCUUGCUGCUGCCCACUUGCCCAGCAUGGCCCCUGGCUCCCCAAAUAAUGGGAUCUUCCCAGGUAGCCCCAUCAGCUGUGUGUGGUGAAGAUGGAGUUGGGGCCUUCUCCAUUAGUGCUAUUUCCUAUUUAGCUUAAAUGAAGACAGCUCCUAAGAGCGUGGGCUGAGAGAAAUAAAUGCUAAGACUACAAAAAAAAAAGUUAUUUAUUUUUAUCAGAAAGUCAGAUGUACAGAGAGAAAGAUCUUCCAUCCGCUGAUUCAUUCCCAAGUGGCUACAACAGCCACAGUUGAGCUAAUCUGAAGCCAGGAGACUGGAGCCUCUGGGUCUCCCACAAGGAUGUGUGGGUCCCAAGUCUUUGGGCUGUCCUCAACUGCUUUCCCAGGCCACAAGCAGGGAGCUGGAUGGGAAGUGGGGCCUGUAGUAUUAGAACCAGCACUCGUAUUGGAUCCCGGUGCAUGCAAGGUGAGGACUUUAGCCACUAGGCUCUGGGUCCCUUCUGUAUGCUUGUAAUAGCAAGAAACCCAUCUUGGUCAGUGGCCCCUUGUAAAACCACUGAGAAGCUGCCUUUUUUUGGGGGGCAGGGGGGGACAGCUAAUUCAAGACUUACUGUGUUCUAAAGAAGUGAUUUGCAUGUACUUUAAAAUGUGCCUCAAACUGUGGGACCUCGUGCUGAAAUUCAUGCUGCAUUGAAGAAUGCGUAUG